UUAAUACUGAAUGGUGGUCUCUAUGUUGACAAGUUAUUUUUGAAGAAAGUGUUCACUAAUAAUAUAAAGCAGUAGCCUCUGUUGAUUGAAUAGUACCAUGUUGAGUUGGGGGAGUUGAAACAGAACGAAAGAAACUAGGAAAAUUUUGUCUGAGAAUCAUGAUAUGUUAUGUAAAAAAGUUAUCUACAUUAUACUAACUUCUUUUGUAAAACCAAAAGUCUAGGUAGUGUUGCCUUGGAGAUGAGAAAAGCAGCAUAAAUAUGUAAGCCAAGAAACUGUUCCCUUGAUUUAUAUCAGACUGCUUAGAAGAUUCAGUGGAAUAAGUCAACUAAGCAUCUUGCCAGAAGCAUAGACUGUGUGGUUAAUGCUUGUUGCUCAGUUUAGCAACGAGAGGUAGUAGAAGGUGUCACUUACAAUACGAGUUGUAUGUAAUGACUUUGGAACCAGAAGCUACAGUAUUGUACUGAAAUUGGCUAGUGGACUUACUGACUGCGAUAUUAAACUGUAUGAGAAGCUUUUUCCAGCAGACAGAUUCAAUUGUUGGGUCAAGGAGAGGAAUAGUUGGUUUUAACAUUUUAUGCAUGGUUGACACUGUCCAUACAAGGUCACACUCGUAUCAACUAUAUUUAUAACUAAAGAGAUCAAGUUCCACGGUUGAGGCAAUGCGGUAUCAUGUGUUUCUUCAGUACCAUGUCUUUCACAAACCAAUGUUAAUUUGUCAUGGGAAACAAAUUUGUCAGGGGAGACAAACAGGCGAAGCAAGAAAAGAAUGACAUAAUAUUACUCAAAAUUGUUCCUCCUGUGGACCAGACAUAUGUUAAAUGGCUUGCCAAAGACCUUGCAAGAAUUCACAGCUUUACUCCCAAACGUGCUCGCCCAGUGCAGCCGCCAGAUCAUUAUGUAGAAUAUAUGAAGUUGAAUGGAUGGUUGGAUGUGGAUUUGGAUGAUCCUGAUCUUGCUCAUUUGUUCAAGUAGACGAUUUCUGUAUGACAGACAAUUAGCAUGAUUUUAUAGCUGCAUUAAGAUAACAUUAAAUUGUUCAGUGAGCAAGAGAUAUGGUAGGCAUGUUGUGGCUUUUGUUUGACUAAGAAAUUCUUGUAGAUGGUUGUAUUCUGAAAAACUAGUGUUGAUCACAACUCACCAGUGGGCGAAGAAACAUGCUAUAUUUUAUACAAUAGAAUUUUUUGUUCAACCAUGUUCUAUUGUUCUUAAUAUCAUGUGUGCUGGCAAUGUGGUUUGACACAUUAGGAAGUUUAUCAACAUUUGUAAUAGCGAUGUAAUGAUGAGAACAUUCUCUUUUUGACUUUGUUCUUAAAAUUUUGCCAAUG